GUCUCAGGAAUCCAAGCUGCGACAAACUGUAUCACCCAUGACGUGAGAUGUGCGAAUCUUGAGACGACUAAAAGUCGCCCGUCUGAGCCCAAUUUUAUUUGUUUCUAUCAAUGUCACUAUUAUAAAGUCUUGUCACGAUACUUCAAAUUCUUACUUAUUGUAUUGUGAUUGCAGUUUUUGAAUAAACAUUAAGGAAGUUCUUAGAAAUAUUUUUAUUUAAGUGAUUAGUUUAUUUGUUACAAAGAGUUUUAAGAAGUUAGUGAAAAUGGCGGCCCCUAUUCCUGGACGGCAGCAACGAAUUCUGAGCACUGUUACGGACACUUGGGGACAAGGAACGGUGUACGAGUAUGACUAUGAGGAAGAAACAUUGGAAGCCAAGCGGUCCGUUAUAAAGAGAUCAAGAUCAAGAUUAGAUCAGAAGAUAUCAGAAAUUGCAGAAGAAGUUGAGAUUACUUCUGAAGAUUUUGAAUCUGAAGUGGAGAACAAGUUGCCCUUCCUGAUGUCAGCAUUUUUUGCUACUAUCUUUGAAGAUAUACUGGCACAAGUAGGGAUUUUGGAAAAUUGCAAUAAUGGUUUAAAAAUCGUAAAGACUAUGGCGGAAAUUGAUCAUUUGAAGGCUCUAAAAUAUAAUGUGCGUCAGAGUCAAGUAAAAGAUGAGCUCGAUGGAGUUAACUCUCAAAACAUCAACAGUAUGAUUUUUAAGAUUAGAAAGUUAGAUACGGAUAGAAAAUUUUUGAAGAAUAUCAUGACUGCAACGUACUUAUCGUUGGCACAAACCCGCACCUUUGAGCCACUUUACCAAUGUAUCAAUUCAAUUUUGGAGUUGGACGAAUACCGUGCACAAUUAGCAGAAGAAGAAAAUAAAAAUAAGAUUAUUCGUAGAGAACUGAGCAGACAAGUGAGACAGCAACAUAUUCAUAUAAGAACUGCUGUGUAUGAUACCGACGUAGCUAUUGAUAAACUAAGAACCCAAGUGGAAGAUUCGGUUUUGUACUCUGAAGUCCGUAGUCGCUACAUAGAUAACUGGCAAAACGCAAGGACGGAACAACAUCAUCAAAGUAUUUUUGAUAUUGAAAAUAAGCCAGCAUCUUCCAUUGAAUAUUAUAAAAAAAGAAGUGAUCAAGAAAUAAGGAUUCAUACGGAAGUGGAGAAUCUGGUUACGAUUGCAAUCAACGAAAUAUUGCAACGAAUUGAAUCGUGGAUGGACAAAUAUGAUAAAGAUAUGGAAAAGAUUGAUCUUGAUAUACAAAGAAAGAAAAAUGAUUACCAAAACGCGCGUGACAGAAGAGUGCAUCUUGAAGAGACGUUGGCGAAACAUGAAGUGCAAAUGAAGCAAUGGAACGACUUUAAGGAAGAACGAGAGAAAAUACGUGCUUACCGUGCGAAGAUGACAAAAUCGGCUAUAAUCGUGCAAGCUUGGUGGCGCGGCUUACUUGUCCGCUUAGAACUCGGACCGUUCAGACCUCGCAAACCUAAACACGCUGCUAAGAAGAAGUUUUAAACCAUAAAAAAUAAUAAUACUGAAGUAGUAAUUUUAUUUUAUGUCAUUUAGUACUCUUAUUGUUAGUUAAUUUAUUUAAUAAAGUUA